CAUGAGCCGGACCAAAACAGAAGCUGAAGCUGCCGUCGUGCCGACCCUGCCCCCGGCCUCCCCCGCAUCCCGUUUUCAGCUGAGCCGCUAGUUCCAACUCCAGCCAAAUCCAUUUCAACGGCGCAACGUCACCCCCAUUGUGGUGGGUCCAGGCAGGUAGAGCAGAAGAGUGAUGGUGGUGAGAAGCUCGGAGGCAUACUCAUGAGGGCCAGAGGCCUCUGCUGGUGGUAUCGCGUGCAACUGGUUUUGGUGGUUUACCCCUGACCCCGAGCUCUGGCGCAUCGGCGUCCCGGACAAGUCGGCCGGCGAGUGGCACCCCGGCACCGCCCGCGACGCGGGCCACCCGCUCUAUCCACCCGAGCACCGCAUCUAUUGGGGCGCGUACGACUUCAUUGAUGACUUCCACCAAGGGUGUGCACUUCCAUGUGGGCGCCAGCGACGAGUCCAAGGACUUAACCUACAUCCACUGGUCUGUCUUUGGCGGCUAUGCCAACUUUCGCCGGCCCGAACAGAUGCAACUGGAACCGUGGAUUAUCCCAUACUACCACUCCUCGUCAUGCGGCGUCCGCAGCGGCGUGGUCUGCUACCAGCUCUCGCACAAGUUCACCUUCCCGACGAGCCAUGACGAGUGGGAACACUACCAACGAGAAAAUCUUGAGUUUGCCCUAUAAUGCGACUAACUACGAGAGUACGCUGCUGCCUAGGAGCGUGUAUGUGCAGUAUGAUACGCUCAGGCUAGAGGUGAAAUAGGGACAUGUCAUGUACUGAUAGGGGGCUCAACAAAAGCACUUAGCUUGCCCUUGCAUAUACCAAGGAGCCGCACGAGCUUAAACAGUCACAGGCAGCCAAAAACAUUGCUUGGUGCAGGUG